UUUUGUCACUUCCUAUAUAAACACGUGUAUGUUGAAUAUGAAGAUGCAUUUAUCAUAACUGAUAACUGUACGUGGGAUGAACUAGUAACAAAACCAUGGAAAAACUUGACAUAGAACACCUGGAAAAGGAGUUUGGUCCCUUCCUGAACCCUAAAGCCAAACUGGAUGUUAAGGGUAUUGCUACAGAGUACUUCCUGGGACUGAGUGGUGGGAUGGAAGGCCGCAUAUUUGUGGCCGGUAGUGACAAAUUCAUGGAGGGGAUUGUCUCCCUUCUCAAGGAUGACACAAAAGACAUUGUUGAAAAGAAUUACAAGACACUGAUAAACCUGACAAACUUACAAACAGCAUCUAAUCGAAUUUUAUCACUGCCUUCCUAUCCGAACCUGGAAGCUGAGUUUGUGAAGGAGAUGCUUGAUCCAGAAUUUGAAAUGGCAGAUUUUGUUAGUCAGUUACUUUCCAAUGUGACCAGAACAGAGAACUGUGCUAAGAAGGUAGCUAAGGUGCUGAUGCAGACUGAUCAGGGUGUAUCUAAACUGGUAAAUGCUUUGUGCAGUGUCAAAUAUAAUCCCAAGGCUAACCUUCACCACUUAGCAACAGUGCUUGGCAACCUGACCCAAAUUCCCGAAUUCAGGACAAAGGUCAUGGCACAGGAUCAGUUUGUGGUUCAGAGACUUCUACCUUUUAUUGAAUUCAAAGAGUCAAAAACGCGUCGACAUGGAAUUGUGGCCUGCUUGAAAAAUUGCUGCUUUGAUGUUGAUUGCCAUGAGUGGUUGUUAGGUGACAGUGUUGACCUGUUACCACGGUUACUGCUCCCUCUGGCUGGUCCAGAGGAGUUUGAUGAUGAGGACAAUGAGAAGUUACCAGACGACCUGCAGUACUUGCCCCCAGACAAGGCACGCGAGCCCGACCCAGAAAUCAGAAAAAUGAUCAUUGAGACAAUCUUCAAGUUGUGUACAACCAAGAAUUGUCGCAGUUUUGUGAAGGAGAAAAACACUUACGUCAUUAUGCGUGAAUUCCACAAGUGGGAGGAACACGAGGACAACUUCCACGCCCUCAUGAACUUGAUUGACAUGCUGAUCUCAGAUGAGCCACAGCAAGGUAUGGAGGACCUCAACACUGUUGACAUACCACAGGAUAUUGAGGAAAAGUUUUUGAAACAGGACAAACAGCGUGAAGAAAUGGAGACAUCAGACCAAAAGUAGUUCAUGGAUUGAAGUGGAGAUGG